AUGAUUAAAUGGCCUAGGCCUACCUCAUUGAGGUCCUUGAGGGGUUUUUUGGGUCUUACGGGAUAUUAUAGAAAAUUUGUCAAAGGUUAUGGGGUUGUUACUAAACCAUUGACAAAUUUAUUGAAGAAAAAUUCUUUUUGUUGGAAUGAAGAAGUUGAGGGAGCUUUUAAUGAAUUGAAGCAACUAAUGUCUUCUGCCCCAGUUUUGGCAUUGCCUAAUUUCACCCAACCGUUUGUUUUGGAGACUGAUGCUAAUGGGAGUCCAAUUGCAUAUUUGAGCAAGUACUUGGGAGUAAAACCAAGGCAAAAAGGCAUAACGAAGUUGCUGGGAUUGGAUUAUUCAAUUAAUUAUAGGUCUGGGCAUGAAAACAAGGCUACUGAUGCCUUAUCUAUGUAUGCCUUGACUAAUCAACAGGGAGAAUUGCAAGCCAUUUCUGUUGUGGUAUCAGGUUGCUACGAUACAAGGGUAAGGUAUAUAUUGGUGACUCUUUUGAGCUCCAACAGAGACUUAUUUCUACUGCUCAUGAUUCUCCAGUUGGGGGACAUUCAGUUACCUAAAUCUGAAGGCAAGGAUGUCAUCAUGGUAGUUGUUGACAAGUUCACUAAAUUUGCUCACUUUAUGGCCCUUGCACAUCCUUAUUCAGCUGAGAAAAUAGCCAAGAUAUUCUUGGAUAACAUUUUAAAGUUGCAUGGGGUUCCUACAAACAUAGUGAGUGAUAAAGAUAAGGUCUUCACCAGUCUUUUCUGGCAACAAUUGUUUAAGGCUUUGGGAACUAAAUUGCACAUGAGUACAGCCUACCAUCCUCAGUCAGAUGGCCAGACUGAAAGACUCAAUAGAUGCUUGGAAAAUUACCUUAGAUGCAUGACUUUUCAGCAUCCUUAUAAAUGGAGUUCAUGGAUAAGUUUAGCUAAAUGA